GUCAUCUGACUGAGUCAACCACGACUGUCCUACAGAAAGAGUCCCUGCCAAUCAUUUGGCGGAGCACUUUUGGCCCCUCGGCGAAGGUGGGCAGAUGUUAGCCCUUCCGCCCACUGCGCAGGGUGGGUCGAAGACCCUCGCCCUGCCCAAUUGCUCCUUCGACAAGAGGGAUGUGUCCUUCUCCCAGCGAGUGCCUGUGGAGGAAGCGAACCAUGGGGUGAUUUUGGUGCAGCAGUUCUUUGGGGCACCACAUGUGCCAGGUGAGGAGAUCGUGCGCUACGACGACUACGUGCGCAACCAUGACUGGCGACGCAUUGGGCCCAUCCUCUACACCCAAGAAGAGUUGACGGCCCGGGCGCAGGCCCUCCAGCAAGAGGCCGAAAAACUUGGUGGGUACCGCCGGGCUCCUGCCUUGUGGGAUGUGGGGCCCAAGGCCUCCAAGUUCAAGAUGCGGAACCCGUUCUCAGACCGAGCACGACUGAGUGCCACUGGCGAGUUCGUGCAAAGUGUGCUGAAGACCGAAUUCCUAGACGAGAAGGGCCUCCAGAGCUUCUUCUCGAGCCCUGAGGCGGUCUCUUUUGAAGAGACUCCUUCAGUUUGAGAACCUCCGGCCACUGCAGAAUGCAGCCCUGCCAUCGGUUUGGACCUGCUCCGCAAGAUGCAGGAGCCCUCUGUAUUGAAAAGAACUGCUGGCAUUCACAGGCUUAUAUGAGGCGUGUGGGAAGACUCCAAAUCAGCUGGUGUGAGCUACAUUGAUAUAGGAUCCGCGACAAUCUCGUUUAUUCACGAACUCAAGAACCAUUGUGCAGCCGCCGAACGGGGGAUGAUGUUUGGAGUCAUGAUCGCUUGACAUCUCAGUGGUUGCACAAGUGGUUGAUGAAAUUAUGCUAAGCAUUGCUAAGCCAACUUCUCAGGUGUUGUUUUCUUCUUUUUCAAGAAAGAUGCAUCCCUCCUAUCAGGCUUUGAUUCUGGUCAGUUUUUGCCCACAUCCAGGCCCCCACCCAAGUGGCCGAUCAACUCCCAUCGGCGAAGCCCCGAGAGCUGCUGCUCUCCGUCUGGCUCGAGCUGCG